CCUCAGUCUUUCACGUUCCGAGCGACCGGUCGUAUACCCAACUACAAAACAGUCGUGAAGUUUUGUUCACCGGCGCGGGUACACUCGCGUCUCCGUGCCUUCUCCGGUCCGCCGCGAAGCGAAUCGAAUCGACUACGAUGCGUCCGCGAUCGUAGGCUCUCCCUUGGUGCCAACACAAGGAGGUGCAGGUCCCGAGGAGGAAGAGGAUAGAAGUGGACGAGCGGAGGAGAUAAGGGAUAUAUAAUAUGAGGCUCCUCUGCGUGGCGAUUGCCAUCGUGAGUGCAGCGUUUCUCUUGACAAUCGUCUCGGGCGGUGUGCGUGGCGCUCAGGGCAGCAAAGUGUCAAAGCGGGCGAAGCCCCUCGAUCCCGAUGAGGAUGACUAUUACUACGAUGAUCCCGUGGACGAGAGAAACAAUCCGACGAACGAGGCGCCGGCCGUGCCGCCUGGAUUCCUGAGCCCGUCCGUGCGGGAGUACCUCGAUCUUGGUAAAUCGAUACCCGGUCGACCAGGAACGGAUUAUCCAGUGCUGGGAAAGGUACCUUACACGAAUUUCUAUUGCGACGACCAGUCUUUCCCCGGCUUCUUCGCCGACGUAGAGACGAGAUGCCAGGCAUGGCAUUAUUGCGACAUAGACGGCCGACAAGCAACGUUUCUCUGUCCGAACGGCACGCAAUUCAGCCAGGCGGUCUUCGUCUGCGACUGGUGGUUCAACGUAAGGUGCGAGCUCAGCCCGAAGCUCUACGCCAUCAACAGUCGACUUUACGGUAUGCCCACCGAGAGCCCGACGAGACCUCAUCGACUGAUCACGAAGGAGCUUCUGGAGAAUAUAUUCGUACGUAGGAAAUGAAGAGGGCGGACGAAAGGCACGCGAU